AUGUCGGGAACCAACCGUGAUAAAGGAGGGAUUGCUGCUCCUGUGCCGUGUGAGCAGAAAGUGGCCAGUCUGGAAGAAGAGAUUAAGGGGCUGAGAAACGUGAUCGACAACCAGCAUGGAUACAUCCUGGAGCUCCACAGCCACCAGGCUCAGCAGCUGGCGCACAUCCCCAACUCACAUCUGGGCCCCAAAAACCUGUACAGAGAUUGCUCGGAGGUGUUCGCUGAUGGGAAUGUGGCGAGCGGUUUGUACGUGAUUCGACCAGAUGGUUCCCCCACCGUGCUGAGCGUGUACUGCGACAUGAAUGAUGGAGGAGGAUGGACCAUCUUCCAGAGACGGAGAGAUGGCAAAGAAAGCUUUGACAGAGCGUGGGUGGAGUACAAGCAUGGAUUUGGAGACCUUCACUCUCCUGAUGGAGAGUUCUGGCUGGGCAACGAUGCUCUUCACUACCUGUCCUCCCAAGGAAAGUAUGACCUGCGCAUAAACAUGGAGGACUUUGAGGGUAAAGCACGCUUUGCAGAAUACAAGAACUUUCGUGUGGACGGUGAAAAGGACCAGUAUCAGUUGCAUUUAGGGGACUACACUGGCGAUGCAGGGGAUGCUCUGGCUGAUGUGCACGCCGGCCAUCGUCCAGCUGCAGUGAAAUUCAGCACAUAUGACAAGCUGCCUGGUGGAGAUGCCAAGUGUGUACGGCACAGCAAGUCCGGCUGGUGGUUCAGCAGGUGUGAUUCCGGGAAUCUGAACGGCCAUUACUACAAAGGUCCGUACCAAGCAAUGACUGACGACGGGGUGGUGUGGUACACAUGGCACGGGUGGUGGUACUCCAUCAAAUCUGUGGUCAUGAUGGUACGCGCUGCUGACCUUGAACAUCCACCCGGACAACUGGACCCGAUCAAAGCAGCAGGUCGUGUUACUUACAGGUGAAAAUGCUGCAAAAUGUACUGCUACAGGGUACUACUAUCACGGCAGACAGUAUUAUGCAGUCUUUUUG